AUGCAAUUUUUGUCCGAAUCUGCAACUGUGGAGCUUAGUUGUUCUGCAGGACCCUCAAACGUUUACACUGAACAGCUUUCUCUUGCCCAUUCUUCCAUUUUAGCGAUGUGGGGAGGCUAUUUUGCGACAGUUUGGCGGGCUACACGUUUUAAGGGCAUUGUAGUGCCAGGCCGGUAUCAAAGGCAAAAAGAUAUGGAGUUACUGAACCUUCUGGUUUCUGAAGUUGCUGCAGUACAGUAUUGGGGCUUAGGACUUUGGUCUUGCUAUCACCGCUUUAAUGCAAUUCACGGAAUUCCGCUAAUCCGCCCAGGGGCAAUCUAUCAGCUUGAGAGGGCUUGUCAUGGGCUUGCAUAUGUCACGUUGACCAUGUCGCGGACAAAAAUAGAUUUCCCCUGGCGACAUGCUGAUUCCACCGCUGCUUGGUCGUCUAUCAACGAAUGGAUCCGAACCUAUAACGGAGUUCAGGAUAUAUUAGCGGGUAUAGUUCUGACUCCGCUGGAACCACGCUGCGUAUUAUUGAUCACCGAGGGCGAAGCUAGCAACGAAAGGACGGAAGCAAGCAACCCAUUCAAUUUCCGUGCAGGGCGUUGUAAACACCGGCCCAUGACCAGGGUAAUAUCAAAUGCGCAGUUGGUCAUGAAAGCUCCUUACUGGGCGGCGACGUUCAAACACAACCGUCUUCUCGUCGCACUCCGCCAUAGAGUGACACACGUGUCUUAA